UACUAAUACUGGUUGUGAUUGUUUUUACAUACCUUUUAUUAUUUUCAUCAGCUUUUUUACAGUCAAUUUGAUAUUUUAUUUGUGAACUUAUUUUCUUAACAUAAGUUUCAUAUCUUUGUUUACUUAUGUCAAUGUAACUUAAAAUUACACAAUUAUUUUGAAUACGCGGUAUAAUUAAAUUUAUAUUUUUAUUUUGUAUGUAGUUCACUGUUAUUACAUCACAAUAUUGACAAACACCUACUAUGACUACAAAAAAAUCUCAAUUAAUUAUGAAGGAAAACAGAAUUCCAAUAGGAAAGAAAAAAGAAAAUAUAAAAAAAAAUGAGGAGUCAAAGUUGGUUAUAGAUAAUGUGAUUUCAAAAACAAAGACAAAGACAAUAAAGACAACCAAAAUAUCUAAGAAAACAAAUAAACCCAAUGAAUGUAAACCUCUUAAACUUGUUAACAUCAAUGUUGAAUCUACUGAUACAUCAUUAACGAAACCAAUUAAAAACCCAAGAGUUCUUCUUAGUACAAUUAAAGAAUUGAAAGAAUUUGAAGAAAAAUCCAAUACUAAAACGAUACUAAAUAAAAUAAAAAUUGUAGAAGAUAAUGCUCCAACAUCGACUGAAAAUGUAAAUAAUUUACAAGAGGAAAUUGAUAUGGACAAUUUUAAUAACACAAUUGAUGAAAUGAAACCAGUAGUCCCUGAAAUUGUGCUGAGUCCUUUUGUUUGUACAACACGUGGCCAUAAAUGGAAACCAAGUCCUCGCAAACCUCCAAAAUUAUCUGAGUUGUAUGAUAAAUAUGAAGAUAACAAUGUUGCUGAUAAUUAUAGGAAAAAGCUGGACAGUAAAACUAUUGAACUACAAAAUAAAGUUAAAUAUUGGGCAGAAUUAUCUUCUGAAAAUAGCAAUGAUGUUCCACAAUUUAUCAAAGAUGAAAUAGAUGUUGUAUGUGGACAAACAAAACUUUUGACAACUGACAAAUUUAUGCAAAUGCGUUCUCUGAUAAAUGAAUUUGAUAAUAAAUCUGGGGCAAUGCUUAUAACCACGGAUGAUUUAGAUGGAUUUUGGGAUAUGUUAUUGUUACAAGUUGAAAAAUUAGAAGGUCAAUUUAGUCAACUUGCCAUAUUGAAAAAAAACAAUUGGGCACCAUUAAAACCGAUUGCUAAAAAAGUAAUUAACAAACAACCCGCAUUAAUUAAACGUCCAGUAGUAAAAUCAAAAUUUGCUGAUUUUAUUAAAACCCAAAAAUCAAAGGAAGAGAAAGCUACUUUUAAUGAAAAAAAUGAUUCGAAUAAUUCAAAGUUUAAUGAAAUGAAAUUGUCUAAUAACACUUGUCUUAUUUCUAGCACUCCAACUUCUUCAAAUCAGAAAAAUGUAAGUUUUACCCCCGUGCUAUUGAAAACUAUGGAGUUGUCAUAUGUAGCCCGUAGGUCAGGCAUGACACCAAUAGUGUUAGGUACGCCACAUGUAUCUCCACUAAAACCAGCAUUGAAAAAGGCUGAAAAUGAGAAAGGCACCAAGCGGAAGAACAUACACUUUGAAUCUCCUAAAAAAAUUGUUAAUGGAUUUGUAACACCUGAAAACUCGUGCAAUGAUAUUAAACCCAAAACCAUUCAAAACAGAGUUGUCACUCCACAUACUAAUAAAAAAACUAAGGUAAGCGAGAACAACAAUGUCAAAUCUCGGUACAAGCCCACUGAAACAUCAGUUUCUAACCAAAUUGGAAAUAAAACUAACAUAAAAAGUACUCUCAAACCUCAGUCAGAAAUGAAGAAGACUGUAACUAAAACGUCGGCUGAUAUGGAUGGCAAAUCACCAAUAAGACGUUCUUCUAGACUGGCCAAUAAACCUUCAAAAAAUUACAAAUGUUAGUAAAUAAGUAUGAUUUUUGUAUGAAUCCUUUUUUUAUUUGAUAAGUUAACAGUGUUGAAAUUUAAAACAUAUUAUCAACAAGUAAAACACCUAGUAAUCAGGAUUUUUGACUAAAAUGAAAAUGAUUAACUUGUA